GUUUAUUCUGUAGAAUAUGCACGUUCAGCAGUUUCGGUUCCGACCUACGUACGCGAGCGUCCCUCGAGCCUGAUCGACAGAAUCGAUACGAGAAAUUACGUUUUACCGACUUGAAUGAAAAGUGGUUUUUCCGGUACAAUUUUCACAUCGUCGUUACUGUAGCAGCCCAGAUUGACCUCAUCGGUUUGACUCACUUGCCAUUAGAUAAAUCACGUCAACGCCAUGACGAACAGCAUCGAAGAAAUGAAGGACAACACAAUUUAUAAAGAAGUCGUGAUAGUGGAUUGAUCAUGUGGUCGUUGGGCAAGGCCCACCUGGAGGUUCCUGGCACCGAAUCGACCCGAACGUGCUCACGCUAUCGCUGGGCAGUUGGAUGUCGCUUCCGGAGGUUCCGUUUCCAGCCUGCACCAUCAACGAAAAACGGGCGUGCAGCCGCGACGUGGCCGCCUAUUACGAAAAGUACGUCACAGACAUGGAGCUGACUAAGUACUUUGUGAACGACGCUUUAGUCACGAUGGUAAAGAAAAUUGGCGACACGGAAGAGUCCAGAGCUGCGAAGAAGAGAACGAUUUGGGUGAAGAAGCUGGAUCGCGACGUGGUGGAGAGAGUGAAAGACUACUUCGUGCCGGUGAACGAAGACAGCGAAAACCGCUGCUUUAUCACCAACGCUAUCAACUGUCUGAUGUCGAGGAACGCGCGAAGAAGUCGGCACUGCAGGCGGCCGAGAGCCAUGCAUCAGGACACUUUGAAGAAAAUCAACCAGGCCAAAUCCGAAUCCAUCCUCAUCCCCAAACACGAAAGGAAAAAAUCGAUUUCUUGUUGUUCUUGUUGUGGUGAAACUGAAAACAACCGAUCGCCCAAACCGCUGCUCCACUCCCAAAGCCUGGACACAUUCACCAAACCCGUGCCUUUCCGUGAAAGACUCCACUCAUCGAUCUGUGAUGAAAAACUGCCUCGAUGGCUCGUUCAAAGCACUGAUGUUGAUACUGGCGAAGUAACACGAUACAGUUGCAAAUAUCUGGUGUUGGCUUGCGGCUCCUACGACUCGCCUAAUCGGCUGGAAAUCUUCAAGAAUGGAAACGAUCCAGAGUGGCUGAUGCACGACCUGCGAAGUCUGGAGAGCAGACUGGAUCAGAAGCUCUAUGAGGGGGACAGUGUGGACCCUGUUCUGAUUGUGGGCGCAGGUCUGAGCGCUGCUGAUGCUGUGAUGGCGGUCCGCUCGAGGAACAUUCCAGUUGUUCAUGUGUUUCGCGGACGGUCUGCCGAAUUCACCAAGCAGUUACCUGAAAAUAUGUAUCCCGAGUACCAUAAGGUGCGUCAAAUGAUGAACGACGGAGGCUCAACCUAUCCGCUCUACACAGCUUAUCCGGAGCAUUCGCUCGUUGAUUUCAACUCAGAGACGCAAACGGUGAAACUGGCAUCGAAAGCAGGCGAUGAGGUGAAGCUGAAGCUGUCGUUUGCAGCAGUACUGAUAGGAUCGCGCCCCUGCAUAUCGUUUAUGCCCCCCACGAUGCAGUUGGGCAUUUUCGCCGAUAGGGAAAUCGAUUCGAAGACAAAUCCCGUGGAGAUAAAUCCCUUAACUCAUGAGGUCGCCGGGCAAGAAGGGCUCUUUGCAGUCGGACCUCUGGCCGGAGACAAUUUUGUUCGGUACAUCCCUGGAGGGGCUGUGGCCGUAGUCUCCGAGCUGUACAGGCGCUGGAACUUGGUGGAAAGUUAACUUUAAGCUCCAUGCUGAACGGCGGAAGAUCAUUGUCGAACUGUGAAAUGCUUGUGAUAACACUGUAGGAUCAAAUAGGGUAAGGGAAUGUUGAUUCUGGACCAUUAGGGUGCAAAGCAAUGAAGUUUUCUCAAUGCACUUGCAUGUUGUGGGUUGUACCGAAUACAUUGUGAUACAGGAGAGAACAGUUUGUAGUGGUUUCUUCCUUUUUGGGGACAGCUAGAAUACGGAAACCUGUGGAUUUUUUGUCAUUAUAUGUUUUUUUUACAAA